AUGUCUCAUGCACCAGCUAAAAUAGUCCUCAAGAGCACAACUACCAAGACGCUGAAUGAUCGGUGAGCAAUCCGCCAUGCACCUAAUUAAAUGGACAUGGCAUUGUUGUACCUUUAUCUGGCUUCAUGCUUGUCAUCUUAUUAUGGCAUGAAUAUUACAGUUAUAAGCGCUUUAUAAGAGCAAGAAGGCCAUAGAAUGUUUUGGCUAGUCAAGGUAUUAUAUACUGCCUUCGUAGUAGACAAGGCUUACAUGUAAGAGCUGGUUAGAAUUAUUUAUGGUUGAAGGUGCAUGUCUUUCAGUGAAGUAUGCAAUAGCAUUGAAGCCAGUAAAUAAUUCAAGGUACAAAUUCCUCCCUUCCAUCCAUCUUCUGAAGCUUUACUGACCUGGCCAAAAAGCAAGUCCGAUCCCCACCACAAGUGACAAUCACAGGAGUUAGAAGCAACCAGUUUCAGAUAUCCCAAGCCAGCAUGAAGAAUCGCCGCCUUGCAGCUCAGAUGGCCAACAGACCGGAUAUCCAAGCUGCCCUUGGAGGAAACUCUCCCAGCCUUAAAAGCAGACUUGGCUCACCAAACAGAGGCGGAGGAAGAGGAGGAGGUGCUAAAAGUGGAGGAUUGUUGAAAAAUCGGCUCGGCACUGGUAGUGCUGGUCCACUGAGAAGUCCUGGUGGUGGUGGUGGUAGAUUUCGUCAGGGAAGAGGACAAAGUAAUGUCCGUGGUUUUGUCGGUGUUAGAAGGGGAAGAGGUGGAGCUGUUCGUGGUGGCCGUGGUGUGCAAGGUGCUAGAGGAACUGCUCGUGGUGGGCGUGGUGUGCGUGGUGGUAGAGGGGCAACAAGGGGGCGUGGACGGGGUCGAGGCAAAGGUGACAAACCAGUCUCAAAAGACAAGUUAGACGAAGAGCUUGAUAAGUAUAUGUCAAAAACAAAGAGUCAUCUUGAUGCUGAGCUUGAUGAGUACAUGCAGCAUGCAGAUGAUGAAUGA